GCAAGCGAACAUUUUUUUAAUUAUUCAGGCGAAAUGAUGCAAACGCCCUGAAUCGGUGAUCAGCACAGUCGUGGUCAUGUGAUUUAGGCACACAUGACACAAUGAGUCGCAUCCUAGAUCAGCCAGCCCGGAAGAUGUUCCUCACCCAUCUGACACACUGCAGGCACUGCGCAGGCUCGACUGGAAACAGUGGUGCCUCGCCUGAGAGUCCAAGCCAAACGUGGUCUGCGGAAUAUGAGGGCAAAACAAUAGAGUUCUCCAUGGUCACUACUCAAGGUGUAAUCAUUGAGACAAAGGACUCAUUUGACAGCAUAUUGAUAGACGAUGGAACAGCUAUUGCUCUUGUUAAAGGAUGUCACAAAAUAGCACAGCAGACACAAACUGUCCAGGCCAGCAAAGGCCAGUAUGUGAUGGUAGUGGGACAGCUUCUGCGGACAGGCAGCGUUCCCGUUAUCCGCCCUUUCAAGAUACAGAACCUCGGACACAACGCUGAAAUGGCAACCAUGUGGCCACUUGAGGUCAUAGAUGGCAUGAACCAAAAUGUACUAUGAUGUGUGGGUUUGUGUUUGUAUGAAUUUGUUUCAUGUCAUUUUAAAUGAAAAUAGUCAUUUAUACUUCUCGUGCUGGUCUAUCAAUCACGUCGUCCAUGUUAGUUAAUGUGAUAGUCAAAAUGGUUAUGUGAUAUGUGUGUUUAUU